AUGGUUCGUGCUCUUAUCGUUCUUGAAGAUUUAUUCAAACGUCGUUUCAAGGGGACCAUUCAAGAUCUCCCUACAGAAACGCUAUUGGCCAUCUUCGCGCAUCUAGUCAUCGCAUGGCCAGCGGGCCAGUGUGCAAGCGCAGAAAAUUACACUAGCAUCGGCUGGAUGGUCGCUUGUCACGUCUGCGGGACCUGGAGAAGGAUACUCCUGCAUUGGAACAGUAUUUGGUCUUCUUCCGUCACGUCUUUCUACAACGUCGACGCGGUCAAUACGUUCCUGGCCAGGUCUGGAAACGCUGCACUUAGCAUCGACAUGAAUCUGCUGCACAGCCACUCUGCACACAUGCCAAAACGGCCAGAAGUCGUCAACGCCAUCAUGAACGCUCGCGUCCUAAGCAGAUCGCAAGUCAUAUUGUCGCAUGCGCGUAACCACCGCAACCGAGGGUUCCACCCAUCCCUACCGAGCCUCAUGUGUAGCGUGCAACUUGAUCAUCUACGACAUGUCGACGUGUUCAUUCCAUACCAUCUGAAAUUCACGGGUCUCAUGAACGCUCGGCAUCUGCAAAUUCUCGGCCUGCGUUCUAAUGCGGUUGACGCCUCCGAAUGCCCUGUCCCACUACGAUUCCUGCUUCACAUCUUCGAGAACUGUCAACAUCUUGACGUCAUUAGAAUCCAUCGUUGCGUGGACACCACGAUCCUUGACGACUUCAAGCCCGAUUCAACGCGCGUGCGUGGAGUGCUAUCCACAAUCGAUGUUGGGUGUCACGACGAAACCUUGCUCCCUAUCUUGUCCGCAUACUUCCACGUCCAAGACUGUCCUGCAGUGACGCUGGAAGUUUACUCCACGCUGGAUCUUCGAGACACUCUCAUGCUCGCGAUAGACGGUUAUGGAGCUCAACGACAUGAUAUACAAUCCCUCGACAUCAAAUACGACGAGGAGAAGGCACGCGAGCAAGAUGGUUUCACUUUAUUAUAUCACAGCGUCUUCUUCGGUUUACAUCUUCACUUCGCCAACUGCCGGACAAUCAUAUUGCGCAUGGACGUCGAACGCAUGACUUGGACCUGGGACACUUUCGUUCAGCUAGUCCCCUGUGGCCAAAUCCGCGCCCUCACGUUGACAAACAACCGUGGCAUGUACAGGCCUCCUGCCUCCGUACAACCCAUGGACAUGAUGCGAACCCUGCACAACUUGGAGACCAUACAUCUUGACGAUUCUCAGCAUAUUCACCUGUUACAUGCCCUACCGUUGACCACUCCCAUCACCGAAAUUGUCAUUCGGCUCCGGUCCGUAGACAGAGAUGAUUGCCUCCCUCAGAUGUGGCAAUGGUUACGACACCGGACGUCAACUACUGCAAUGACGACGCUCAUCUUGAAAGGGAACAUUGAAAUGCCCGUGGACAGUGGAAACUAUCGUUACAUGGACGGCCCCAUGCUCGCGGCGUUGGAACCGCUCGUGACUGUUUGCGACGAACGUGACUCUGUUACCGCCCCUUAUUGA